AUGCCGAGACGUUACUUGCUAGCAGCGUAUGUAAAGGAAGAAGAUGAGACUCCGAAGAUCUUAUCAAAUCAUACGUUUGAUGUCAGAAAAAAAGCUGAAGACGAAUUCUUAAGAAUAGCAAACAGAAAAGUCCGCAGUACAGUUUUGUACGACAGUCAGACAGACGAAAUUAUUAAAAUUGCAAUUGAGGGCGAACCGAUAUUUCUGGUAAAAGCAAUUGAACUUGCCAGAGGAGUAGGCCCAAAUUCAUAUUUAGAGACGGUAAAAAACAAAGUCACCGAAAGUGCAGCAAAGAAUGCCAUCGAAUCCAUUGCAAAGGCGUUGCUCGGUGAAGCAGUGCCAGGUAUUAGUGAUGUCGUCAUGGCGCAUUUCACCGGUCCCUAUUACGCCCUGAAAGGCGAUCAUGUAGGAGUAGCGGCAACGGCUGGCGGUUUGUGGGGUACUGUCUCUGGAGCUGUGAUUGGAACUAUCGCUGCUGGACCUAUCGGAGGUGUUGUUGGUGGGAUUAUUGGGGGAUCUGCGGCUAGCAUGGGAGCUGGUGCGCUUGUUAAGUCGUUUGAACCGCCAAAGGAGCAUAAAAAAUGCGAUAAAUGUGAUGGAACUGGGUUGUUUCGGGAUUUCAGACGAUGUCCGUCAUGCAAAGGAUAUGGAUACAAAAUCAAAUGA